GCCUCAGUCCUACUACACUAUAUAACACUCUUUCCUGACGCAGAGAGACAGGACACAAUUUUGUGUAGAAAGUAAAUAUAAAUUCUUCACACUUCUCACUUCUCUUCUCAGACACAAGCGAUUCUCUCUCUCUCUUUGGGGUUUUCGUUUCGCUCUCUCUUCCCAUCAUCGCACUUCUUCAUUCGGAUGUGUGUGCACCCUUCCCCUUUCUCUCUCAUCUCUCAGGUGGUGGUUCAGUGUGCAGUUGAGGUGAGAUGACAACCCUAAGAUCGAGUUGGCCUUCGAGGCUGCGCCAACUUCUGUCGAGCGAGGGCGCCAUUGGUCCUUCCGUCAAGGUGGACUCCGAGCCCCCUCCUAUGGUCAAAGCCUUCAUUGAGAAGAUCAUCCAGUGUCCAUUACAAGAUAUUGCCAUACCACUUUCUGGCUUUCGGUGGGAGUACAAUAAGGGGAAUUUUCAUCACUGGAGACUGUUGUUGCUUCAUUUUGAUACAUACUUCAAGACUUAUUUGUCGUGUAGAAAUGAUCUGACAUUGUUAGAUAAUCUAGAAGAUGACAGCCCAUUACCAAAACAUGCAAUUCUGCAAAUAUUGCGAGUGUUGCAAAUAAUUUUAGAGAACUGUCCAAACAAGAGUUCCUUUGAUGGCUUAGAGCAUUUCAAGCUUUUACUAGCAUCAACAGAUCCUGAGAUUCUUAUUGCUACAUUAGAAACUCUUUCUGCACUUGUAAAAAUUAAUCCCUCUAAGCUUCAUGGAAGUACAAAGAUGAUUUGCUGUGGUUCGGUGAACAGCUAUCUUUUGUCCCUAGCACAAGGCUGGGGAAGCAAGGAGGAGGGCCUAGGAUUGUACUCUUGUGUUAUGGCAAAUGAGAAAGCCCAAGAUGAAGCACUGUGCUUAUUUCCUUCUGAAGAGAUUGGUCAUGACCAAUCAAAUUGCCGCAUGGGCACUACCCUUUAUUUUGAAUUGCAUGGUCCCAGUGCCCAAAGCAAGGAACAUAGUGCAGAUGCAGUUUCCCCUGGCUCAACAGUUAUACAUAUGCCUGAUUUGCAUCUGCGCAAAGAAGAUGAUUUGUCCUUGAUGAAGCAGUGCAUUGAACAAUUUAGCGUUCCUUCUGAGCUCAGAUUUUCAUUGCUCACUAGAAUCAGAUAUGCUCGUGCCUUUCGUUCUCCUAGAAUAUGCAGGCUUUACAGCAGGAUUUGCCUACUUUCUUUCAUUGUUCUGGUGCAGUCUGGUGAUGCUCAGGAAGAACUCGUCUCCUUUUUUGCUAAUGAACCAGAAUAUACAAAUGAAUUAAUUAGAAUUGUACGUUCAGAGGAAGUUAUAUCUGGAUCUAUCAGGACACUUGCAAUGCUUGCUUUAGGAGCUCAAUUAGCCGCAUAUACAUCAUCGCAUCAUCGGGCACGAAUACUCAGUGGAUCUAGUUUAACUUUUGCUGGUGGGAACCGCAUGAUACUCCUAAAUGUGCUCCAGAGGGCUAUUUUGUCAUUGAAGAGUUCUAAUGAUCCAUCAUCCCUUGCUUUUGUUGAAGCACUUCUUCAGUUCUAUCUGCUCCAUGUGGUUUCAACCUCAACUUCUGGUAAUAAUAUUAGAGGUUCUGGCAUGGUGCCUACAUUCUUGCCGUUGCUGGAGGAUUUUGAUCCUACACAUAUUCAUCUAGUCUGUUUUGCUGUGAAAACACUUCAGAAGCUUAUGGAUUAUAGUAGCUCAGCUGUAUCAUUGUUUAAAGAAUUGGGGGGCAUUGAACUUUUGGCUCAGAGAUUACAGAAAGAGGUACACAGAGUCAUUGGUUUGGUUGGAGAAACUGAUAACAUUAUGCUUACUGGUGAAAGCUUGAGAUAUAGUACUGAUCAAUUGUACUCCCAGAAGAGACUCAUAAAGGUCUCCCUUAAGGCGCUUGGUUCUGCAACAUACGCGCCUGCAAACUCUACCAGAUCUCAACAUUCUCAAGACAGUUCAUUACCUGUAACUCUAAGAUUGAUUUUUCAGAAUGUAGAUAAGUUUGGAGGUGACAUUUAUUAUUCAGCUGUUACUGUUAUGAGCGAAAUAAUCCACAAAGAUCCAACCUGUUUUUCUGCUCUGCAUGAAAUGGGUCUUCCUGAUGCUUUUUUAUUGUCAGUUGGAUCUGAAAUACUUCCAUCAUCAAAGGCUUUGACAUGCAUUCCAAAUGGUCUUGGGGCAAUUUGUCUUAAUGCCAAAGGGUUAGAGGCUGUUAGAGAAUCUUCAUCGCUACGGUUCCUUAUUGACAUUUUCACUAGCAAGAAGUAUAUCUUAGCCAUGAAUGAGGCUAUUGUUCCUUUGGCAAAUGCUGUGGAGGAACUUCUACGUCAUGUAUCUACAUUGAGAAGCUCCAGUGUUGAUAUUAUCAUUGAAAUCAUCCACAAGAUCGCAUCUUUUGGGGAUGGAAAUGGUACUGGAUUUUCUGGAAAAGCUGAGGGCACUGCCAUGGAAACAGAUUCUGAAAACAAAGAAAAAGAAGGCCAUUGUUGCAUUGUAGGCACAUCAUAUUCAGCCAUAGAAGGGAUAAGUGAUGAGCAGUUUAUUCAGCUAUGUGUCUUUCAUUUAAUGGUAUUGAUUCAUAGGACUAUGGAAAAUGCCGAGACAUGCCGGUUGUUUGUGGAAAAAUCAGGAAUUGAAGCUUUAUUGAAUUUGUUGUUGCGGCCAACUAUUGCACAAUCCUCAGAUGGCAUGUCUAUUGCUUUACAUAGCACGAUGGUAUUUAAAGGGUUUGCUCAACAUCAUUCCAUUCCUCUGGCACAUGCCUUCUGUUCUUCUCUUAGAGAGCACUUGAAGAAAGCUUUAGCGGGGCUUGGUGCAGCAUCAGAACCUUUGUUGCUGGAUCCAAGGAUGACAACUGAUGGUGCCAUCUUUUCUUCACUUUUCCUGGUUGAGUUCCUUCUAUUUCUUGCUGCACCAAAAGACAAUCGUUGGGUGACUGCCUUGCUUACAGAAUUUGGAAAUGGGGGUAAGGAUGUUCUUGAAGACAUUGGACGUGUACACCGUGAAGUCCUGUGGCAAAUUGCUCUACUUGAAAACAGAAAGCCUGAGAUUGAGGAAGAUGGUGCUUGUACUUCUGAUUUACAACAGGCCGAAGGGGAUGCAAGUGAAACUGAAGAGCAAAGGUUGAAUUCUUUCAGGCAGUUUCUUGACCCAUUAUUGAGAAGAAGAACAUCAGGAUGGAGCAUUGAAUCUCAGUUUUUUAACCUUAUAAACCUGUAUCGAGAUUUGGGCCGUUCCACUGGUUCUCAACAUAGAUCAAAUUUAGUUGGUCCGAGGUCAAGUUCUAGUAAUCAGGUACAGCAUUCUGGGUCAGAUGAUAAUUCUGGGACUGCUGAUAAGAAGGAAUCUGACAAGCAGAGACCAUAUUAUACCUCUUGUUGUGACAUGGUCAGAUCACUUUCAUUUCACAUUACCCAUUUGUUCCAAGAGUUGGGAAAAGUAAUGUUGCUACCUUCACGUCGACGUGAUGAUGUUGUGAAUGUAAGUCCUGCUUCAAAAUCAGUGGCUUCUACUUUUGCAUCCAUUGCUUUUGAUCACAUGAAUUAUGGUGGCCGUUGUGUAAAUCUUUCGGGAACAGAAGAAUCCAUAUCAACAAAAUGUCGAUAUUUUGGGAAAGUGAUUGAUUUUAUGGAUAAUGUUCUAAUGGAGAGGCCAGAUUCAUGCAAUCCUAUUAUGCUGAAUUGCUUGUAUGGACGUGGAGUUAUUGAAACUGUAUUAACUACCUUUGAAGCUACCAGUCAGCUGCUCUUUACAGUUAAUCGGGCCCCUGCCUCGCCCAUGGAUACUGAUGAUGCGAAUGCAAAGCAAGAUGACAAGGAAGAUACAGAUAAUUCAUGGAUUUAUGGUUCUUUAGCUAGUUAUGGGAAAUUGAUGGACCAUCUAGUGACCUCCUCUUUUAUAUUAUCAUCAUUCACAAAGCAUUUACUUGCACAGCCCCUUACUAAUGGUAAUACAGCUUUCCCAAGGGAUGCUGAGACUUUUGUGAAGGUCCUUCAAUCCAGAGUGUUGAAGACUGUGCUUCCUGUUUGGACUCAUCCCCAGUUUGUUGACUGUAGUUAUGAAUUUAUUUCUACAGUUAUUUCUAUCAUUAGGCAUGUCUAUACAGGUGUUGAAGUAAAAAAUGUGAACGGAAGUGGUGGUGCUCGCAUUACUGGGCCGCCUCCUAAUGAAACAACUAUUUCAACCAUUGUAGAGAUGGGGUUUUCCAGGUCUAGAGCAGAAGAAGCUUUGAGGCAAGUUGGGUCAAAUAGUGUGGAGUUGGCAAUGGAGUGGUUGUUCUCUCAUCCAGAGGAGAUACAAGAAGAUGAUGAACUUGCCCGUGCACUUGCCAUGUCCCUUGGAAACUCAGAAUCAGAUGCAAAGGAUGCAGUUGCUAAUGACAAUGCCCUGCAGCUUGAAGAAGAGAUGGUCCAACUCCCUCCUGUUGAUGAGUUGUUAUCUACUUGCACAAAACUUUUGUCGAAGGAACCACUUGCUUUUCCUGUCCGUGACUUGCUUGUGAUGAUAUGCUCUCAUGAUGAUGGUCACCAUAGAUCUAAUGUGGUCUCAUUUAUUGUGGAACGGAUCAAAGAAUGUGGUUUGGUUCCUAGCAAUGGAAAUGUUGCCACGCUGGCUGCUCUUUUUCAUGUUCUAGCCUUAAUUCUUAAUGAGGAUGCUGUGGCUAGGGAAGCUGCUUCUACAAGUGGUUUGAUCAAAAUUGCCUCAGAUCUACUCUACCAGUGGGAUUCUAGUCUUGAUAGCAGGGAGAAACAGCAGGUACCAAAAUGGGUGACUGCUGCUUUCCUUGCAUUAGACAGAUUGUUGCAAGUAGAUCAAAAAUUGAAUUCUGAAAUCGCAGAGCAGUUGAAGAAGGAAGCUGUGAAUAGCCAGCAGACAUCGAUUACCAUUGAUGAAGACAGGCAAAACAAGUUGCAGUCUGCAUUGGGACUCUCUAUGAAGUAUGCAGAUAUACAUGAACAGAAGAGACUUGUUGAGGUUGCUUGUAGUUGUAUGAAUAAUCAACUUCCAUCUGACACAAUGCAUGCUAUUCUGCUACUAUGUUCCAAUCUUACAAGGAAUCAUUCUGUAGCUCUUACAUUUUUGGAUGCUGGUGGUUUGAAUCUACUUCUUUCUUUGCCAACCAGCAGCCUCUUCCCUGGGUUUGACAAUGUUGCUGCUAGUAUUGUUCGUCAUGUUCUUGAAGAUCCACAAACGCUCCAGCAAGCAAUGGAAUCUGAGAUAAAACAUAGUCUUGUAGUGGCAUCUAAUCGGCAUCCAAAUGGAAGGGUCAAUCCUCAUAAUUUCCUUUUAAAUUUAGCUUCUGUUAUUUAUCGGGAUCCAGUAAUCUUUAUGCUAGCUGCUCAAUCUGUGUGCCAAGUUGAAAUGGUAGGUGAGAGGCCAUACAUUGUCUUGCUGAAAGAUAGGGAUAAAGACAAAGCUAGGGAGAAAGAAAAGGAUAAGGAUAAAACAUUGGAGAAAGAUAAAGUACAGAACAGUGAUGGGAAGGUUGUUUUGGGAAAUACAAACACAGCACCUACUGGCAAUGGCCAUGGCAAAAUUCAGGAUUCAAAUACCAAGAGUGCCAAAGGUCACAGAAAACCUAACCAAAGUUUUAUUAAUGUAAUAGAGCUUCUUCUUGAAUCUAUAUGCACUUUUGUUCCUCCCUUGAAGGAUGACAUUGCCUCAAAUGUUCUUCCUGGAACCCCAGCAUCAACUGAUAUGGACAUUGAUGUCUCCGUGGUUAAGGGAAAAGGAAAAGCAGUUGCCACUGUGUCUGACGGCAACGAAACUGGUAGUCAGGUUGCUUCUGCAUCACUUGCAAAGAUUGUCUUCAUUUUAAAGCUUCUGACAGAGAUAUUAUUGCUGUAUUCAUCAUCUGUUCAUGUUCUACUUCGACGAGAUGCUGAAAUAAGCAGCAUUAGAGGUUCUUAUCAAAAGAGUCCUGCAGGUUUAAGCAUGGGUUGGAUAUUUUCCCAUAUUCUUCAUAAUUUUCUUCCAUAUUCUCGAAACUCAAAAAAGGACAAGAAAGCUGAUGGUGAUUGGAGGCAGAAACUAGCAACCAGGGCCAACCAGUUUAUAGUGGGUGCUUGUGUUCGAUCUACAGAGGCAAGGAAGAGGGUUUUUGGUGAGAUUAGUUAUAUCAUCAAUGAAUUUGUUGAUUCAUGUCAUGACAUUAAGCGUCCAGGAAAUGAAAUUCAGGUUUUUGUUGAUCUACUAAAUGAUGUUUUGGCUGCUCGUACACCUGCUGGUUCGUACAUUUCAGCUGAGGCCUCUACCACUUUUAUAGAUGCUGGUUUGGUUAAAUCAUUCACUUGCACUCUACAAGUUUUGGACCUUGACCAUGCUGGUUCAUCUGAAGUUGCUACUGGUAUUAUUAAAGCUCUUGAGUUGGUAACCAAUGAGCAUGUCCAUUCAGUUCAUUCUAGUGCAGGGAAGGGUGAUAAUUCAACAAAACCUUCUGUUCUAAGUCAACCUGGAAGAACAAAUAAUAUUGGUGAACUGUCUCAGUCCAUGGAGACAUCACAAGCCAAUCCUGAUUCCCUUCAAGUUGACCAUGUUGGGUCUUAUGCAGUUCACUCCUAUGGUGGGUCUGAAGCUGUUACUGAUGAUAUGGAACAUGAUCAAGAUCUUGAUGGGAGCUUUGUUCCUGCUAAUGAGGAUGAUUACAUGCAUGAAAAUUCUGAGGAUGCAAGAAAUCUUGAAAAUGGAAUGGAAAAUGUGGGUCUACAAUUUGAAAUCCAACCUCAUGGCCAAGAAAAUCUUGAUGAGGAUGACGAUGAGGAUGAUGAUAUGUCUGGAGAUGAAGGUGAGGAUGUAGAUGAAGAUGAUGAUGAUGAGGAGGAACACAAUGAUUUGGAAGAAGUCCAUCAUUUGCCACAUCCUGACACAGAUCAAGACGAGCAUGAGAUUGAUGAUGAAGAUUUUGAUGAUGAAGUGAUGGAGGAAGACGAUGAGGAUGACGAGGAAGAUGAAGAUGGUGUUAUACUGCGACUUGAGGAGGGAAUUAAUGGAAUUAAUGUUUUUGACCAUAUUGAGGUUUUUGGCAGAGAUAAUAGUUUUGCAAAUGAAGCUUUACAUGUAAUGCCAGUUGAGGUUUUUGGAUCCAGACGUCCGGGGAGGACGACAUCUAUUUAUAGUCUUUUGGGCAGAACUGGUGAUGCUGCUGUGCCUUCUCGUCACCCACUCUUGCUUGAACCUUCUUCAUUCCCUCCACCUACAGGGCAAUCAGAUAGUUCAAUGGAGAACAACUCAGUGGGUUUGGAUAAUAUAUUUCGAUCGCUGAGGAGUGGGCGCCAUGGACACCGUUUGCACUUGUGGACUGAUAAUAACCAGCAAAGUGGUGGGACAAACACUGCUGUUGUACCACAAGGCCUUGAGGAGUUGCUUGUCACUCAAUUAAGGCGACCAACCCCUGAAAAGUCAUCCAAUCAGAACAUAGCAGAAGCAGGUUCUCAUGGUAAAAUUGGAACAACCCAGGCACAAGAUGCAGGGGGUGCAAGGCCAGAAGUCCCUGUUGAAAGUAAUGCUAUUCUGGAAAUUAGUACUAUAACUCCCUCAAUUGAUAACAGUAACAAUGCGGAUGUCAGACCAGCAGGGACUGGACCUUCACAUACAAAUGUUUCAAACACCCAAUCACGGGCAGUUGAGAUGCAAUUUGAACAUACUGAUGGAGCUGUGAGGGAUAUUGAAGCUGUCAGCCAGGAGAGUAGUGGUAGUGGAGCAACUUUCGGUGAAAGCCUUCGGAGCUUGGAAGUUGAGAUUGGAAGUGCUGAUGGCCAUGAUGAUGGUGGUGAAAGGCUGGUUUCUGCUGAUAGGAUGGCAGGUGAUUCACAGGCUGCACGCACAAGAAGAGCAAAUACACCUUUGAGUCACUUUUCUCCUGUGGUUGGAAGAGAUGUGUCCCUUCAUAGUGUUACUGAAGUUUCAGAAAAUUCAAGCCGUGAUGCAGAUCAACAAGGUCCUGCAGCAGAGCAGCAGGUGAACAGUGAUGCGGGAUCAGGAGCUAUUGAUCCUGCUUUUCUGGAUGCUCUUCCUGAGGAGCUACGUGCUGAAGUCCUUUCAGCUCAGCAGGGUCAAGUGGCUCAGCCAUCAAAUGUUGAGUCUCAAAACACUGGGGAUAUUGACCCAGAGUUCCUAGCAGCUCUUCCAGCUGAUAUUCGAGCAGAAGUUCUAGCUCAGCAGCAAGCACAGAGGUUGCAUCAGUCUCAGGAGCUGGAAGGUCAACCUGUGGAAAUGGAUACAGUCUCAAUAAUUGCAACUUUUCCAUCAGAUUUACGAGAAGAGGUUCUCUUGACAUCACCAGAUACUAUCCUUGCCAAUCUUACACCUGCUCUUGUUGCUGAGGCAAAUAUGUUGCGGGAGAGGUUUGCACACCGUUAUAGUCGUACCCUCUUUGGUAUGUAUCCAAGAAGUCGUAGAGGGGAGACUUCAAGACGUGAAGGUAUUGGUUCUGGUCUGGAUGGAGCAGGAGGAACCAUUUCUUCUCGCCGCUCCAGUGGAGUUAAGGUUGUUGAAGCUGAUGGAGCACCUUUAGUUGACACAGAAGCUUUGCAUGCUAUGAUUCGGUUAUUUCGUGUAGUGCAGCCACUCUAUAAAGGCCAACUCCAGAGGCUUCUAUUAAAUCUUUGUGCCCAUAGUGAAACAAGAACCUCUCUGGUGAAAAUUCUCAUGGACUUGCUAAUGCUUGAUGUAAAAAGGCCUGUCAGUUAUUUUAGUAAAGUUGAGCCACCAUAUAGAUUGUAUGGUUGUCAGAGCAAUGUAAUGUAUUCACGUCCUCAAUCUUUUGAUGGAGUUCCCCCAUUGCUGUCUCGUAGAAUACUUGGAAUUCUCACUUAUCUUGCUCGCAAUCAUCUGUAUGUGGCAAAAUUUUUGCUUCAGUGUAGGCUGUCUCAUCCUGCAAUAAAAGAACCAGAUGAUCCACGGGGAAAAGCUGUGAUGGUUGUUGAAGAUGAAGUAAAUAUAAGUGAAAGUAAUGAUGGGUACAUCGCCAUUGCAAUGCUAUUGGGUCUGUUGAACCAACCACUUUAUUUGAGGAGCAUAGCCCACCUUGAGCAGCUGCUAGAUUUACUGGAUGUUAUCAUUGACAGUGCUGGAAACAAGUCAUCUGGCAAAUCCUUGAUACCUACUAACCCAUCAUCAGCUCCACAAAUUUCUGCUGCGGAAGCCGAUGCGAAUGCAGAUUCUAACAAUUUACCUUCUGCGGAUGAUGCAUCUAAAGUUGAUGGUUCCUCCAAACCGACAGUCUCUGGCAUUAAUGUUGAAUGUGAGUUACAUGGAGUGUUGAGUAAUCUUCCAAAAGCAGAACUCCGGCUCCUGUGCUCACUGCUUGCUCAAGAAGGUUUGUCAGAUAAUGCGUAUAAUCUUGUAGCGGAAGUAAUGAAGAAAUUGGUGGCCAUUGCUCCAACACAUUGUGAGCUUUUUGUCACUGAGCUGGCAGAAGCUGUUCAAAAGUUGACUUCAUCUGCAAUGAAUGAGUUACGUGUCUUUAGUGAAGCAAUGAAAGCUCUGCUUAGUACCUCUUCUACUGAUGGAGCUGCAAUUUUGAGAGUCUUGCAAGCCUUGAGUUCCCUUGUCACCUUACUGACGGAGAAAGAGAAUGAUAGAGGUACUCCUGCUCUUUCUGAGGUUUGGGAAAUCAAUUCAGCAUUAGAACCCUUGUGGCAUGAGCUUAGUUGUUGCAUAAGCAAGAUAGAAUCCUACUCAGAGUCUGCAUCUGAGUUUUCGACAUCUUCUAGUACCUUUGUGUCUAAACCGUCUGGUGUAAUGCCUCCACUUCCAGCUGGCUCUCAAAAUAUCUUACCAUACAUUGAAUCUUUCUUUGUGGUUUGUGAGAAAUUGCAUCCUGCUCAGCCAGGUGCUAGUCACGACUCAAGUAUUCCUGUUAUUUCGGAUGUUGAGUAUGCCACCACAUCUGUAACUCCCCAGAAAGCAUCUGGAACUGCUGUGAAAGUAGAUGAGAAACAUAUGCCUUUUGUCCGGUUCUCAGAGAAGCACAGGAAGCUACUAAAUGCUUUCAUAAGGCAAAACCCUGGUUUGCUUGAAAAAUCUUUCUCACUCAUGCUAAAGGUUCCAAGAUUUAUUGAUUUUGAUAACAAGCGUGCCCACUUCCGAUCAAAAAUUAAGCAUCAGCAUGACCAUCACCAUAGUCCCUUGAGAAUAUCAGUAAGAAGGGCAUAUGUUCUAGAAGAUUCUUACAACCAGCUUCGCAUGAGAUCAACUCAAGAUUUGAAGGGAAGGUUGACUGUCCACUUCCAAGGGGAGGAGGGUAUUGAUGCAGGUGGGCUUACAAGGGAAUGGUAUCAAUUAUUGUCCAGAGUUAUUUUUGAUAAAGGAGCACUGCUUUUUACUACAGUGGGCAAUGAAUCAACAUUUCAGCCAAACCCUAACUCUGUUUACCAAACAGAACAUUUAUCUUAUUUCAAAUUUGUUGGUAGAGUGGUCGGUAAAGCAUUAUUUGAUGGUCAACUCUUGGAUGUUCAUUUUACUCGGUCAUUCUACAAGCACAUUCUUGGAGUCAAAGUUACAUAUCAUGAUAUUGAAGCCAUUGAUCCUGAUUAUUUCAAAAAUUUGAAAUGGAUGCUUGAGAAUGAUAUCAGUGAUGUUCUGGAUCUUACUUUUAGCAUUGACGCAGAUGAGGAAAAAUUGAUCUUAUAUGAACGAACAGAGGUGACUGAUUAUGAGUUGAUUCCCGGGGGACGGAAUAUCAAAGUUACUGAGGAGAACAAGCAUCAAUAUGUUGAUUUGGUUGCCGAGCAUCGGUUGACAACUGCUAUUCGACCUCAAAUAAAUUAUUUCUUAGAAGGGUUCAUUGAAUUGAUUCCCAGGGAGUUGAUAUCGAUAUUCAAUGACAAAGAGCUGGAAUUGUUGAUCAGUGGACUUCCUGAUAUUGAUUUGGAUGACUUGAGAGCAAAUACAGAAUAUUCUGGAUAUAGUGCUGCAUCGCCAGUUAUCCAAUGGUUUUGGGAGGUUGUUCAAGGUUUGAGCAAAGAAGACAAGGCUCGACUGUUGCAAUUUGUGACAGGCACAUCCAAGGUGCCUUUGGAGGGCUUUAGCGCUCUCCAAGGAAUUUCAGGCUCCCAGAAGUUUCAGAUACACAAAGCAUAUGGAAGUCCUGAUCACUUGCCUUCUGCUCAUACUUGCUUCAAUCAAUUAGAUUUGCCGGAGUAUCCAUCUAAACAACAUUUGGAAGAGAGGUUACUGCUGGCAAUUCACGAAGCAAGUGAGGGUUUUGGAUUUGGUUGAGAAGCUUCAGUGCGGAUGGGACAAAAUACAAUGUAUUACAUUUUUAGGUUAGGACCUAUUUUAAAAUGGAAUUGAGUGGUACAGGGCAGGGGGUCGAAGUUUUUAAGUUCAUAUCAUGUUAAUAUGUUGUACAGUCGUAUAUUUGCAAUGGGAAAUGCCAUUGGCAGUUUUUCAAUUCAACAGUUUUACACUGCUAUGAUGCCUUGUUUAUUUCAGUAACUCAGGUUAGUGGUUUUGCGAAAUCAGCUAAGAGUAUUAUAUGCAAAUGUUACUUCCAUGUAACAAUGAAUAAACUCAGGACGUGGUCAUUUUCGUAGGGAUACCGUCAUGAAUUGAAGGUAUAACUUACUAAGGUUGUUGGUGCGAUGGGUAAUGGUUUAUUUUGGUGUGAGGAACAAGCCAUUUUCUA